UUCGACCUAUUAAGUGACGAGCUCGGAUUGAGUCCAUUAUCGGGAUGACUUGGAGCCCCUCUGAUAAAAAUGAUUAGAUGCUUGUCGGGAAAGUGUCAGCCUUUGACAUCAGCCUCUGACAUGUUGCUGAGAAGGGAUAGCCCGAGCGAGGCGGCGAAGUGGAGCAUCCUAGACAUGAUUCUCACCCAAGCCGCGCAAAGUUACCCAAGGUGGUUGAAUAAUCAUGAAGAUCUUAGCCAGACCUCGACCUUGUGAAUAACGGUGAAUAAUCCAGAUUAGCUCGGUCAACGUCAUGCUCUAAGCUGCUGAGAGCCCAAGCUUGACAAACCCGCAAUGUACGAUACAAUAAUGAGUCUGACGCGGCGGCAGAAAUUUGCUCUUGCCGAUGUGUCCGAUUGCAGUCCCCGAUGCCCCGAUGUCCUUCAAACCGACUGUCCCAAGGAUUGCACAUACGGAAUUUAUUCAGCAGUCAACAGCACUAUAUCGCCCGACUAGUCAUCAUUAUCCCGCAAGCUCUUGCAAUUGAAGAUGUAGAUGGUCGAAGGAACGGACUGCAUCGCUCACGAUAGUCCGAAGCCCGGGUGUGCUGAAUCAUAAGCCAUGGGAUCUCGGGGAAAGAGUGAGCUAGACUGGAUAAGCAGUGGCACGGAGACAGAUCAUGAUGAUAAAACAAUGGUGACGAAACCAUAUCCUGUUUGAAAUCAAGGUUCUGUGGCAAGAGUGUUCAAGUUAAACUUUGAAGGGAUUACAUCACAAUACUUAUGCCGACGUCGGGGCAGCAAGGGGAAAAUAUCUGAGAAACUUGGUAAAGAAAGUACCGGCGGGCUUACAUCGGGCCGGGAUUUGCCGACAAACCUCUGUUUCGUUCGACUCACACCUGAAAGUUUCGAAACAAUUGGAGCGGCCACUACAUUGUUAUGCGGAAGUCCUAAUGGCAUGACCACCUUUCACCUGCUUCGUGCCUCUCGAGUCUUCAAACACAUGAUAUUUGGUAAAAUAUAGCAAACUCUUUGGCUUAGUUACAAUAUAGAAUGCGCACGUUCUUGUUGAGGCGCAGAACAAUUUCAUAGUCUCGAUAGAAGCAUCGUUUACUACAAUCAGUUGAGCUCUAGCCAAACUACAUUAUUUCAAUAAAUCUAAUAUUGUUAAGUACAUAUCAAUCUGUAUGGCCGGUGUUUAUUUUUCUCCAUC